AUGGCGGGCAACGCUGGCUACGACAGGCACAUUACCAUCUUCUCGGAGCAGGGACGGCUGUUUCAAGUCGAAUAUGCAUUCAAGGCGAUCACAGCGGCAAACAUCAUGUCGAUCGGUGUGCGGGGCAAGGACUGCGCCGUAGUCCUGUCUCAGAAGAAAGUGCCCGACAAGCUCAUCGACCCCUCGUCAGUCUCGCACAUCUUCCAGAUCUCGCCGUCGGUCGGUUGUGUCAUGACGGGCUCGAUUGCCGAUGCCCGGGCCUUCUCGCAGCGCGCCCAGUCGGAAGCGGCCGAUUUCAAGUACAAGUUUGGGUAUGAGAUGCCAUGCGACGCCCUGGCGAAGCGGUUGGCCAACAUUAGCCAGGUCUACACUCAGCGGGCGUACAUGCGGCCGUAUGGCGUGGCGACGACGCUGAUAUCCCUCGACUCAGAGUUUGGGCCGCAGCUGUUCAAGUGCGACCCGGCUGGGUACUAUAUUGGGUACAAGGGUACGGCCGCGGGCCCAAAGCAGCAGGAAGCCCUCAAUCACCUGGAGAAGAAACUCAAGAACAAGGACCAUGCGCCAGGCGACUGGAAGGAGGUGGUCGAGCUCGCCAUCACAACACUCAGCACCGUGCUUAGUAUGGACUUCAAGAAGACGGAGAUUGAAAUUGGUAUUGUCGGGGGGCCGCAUGCCGACGGACAGGAGGGGACGCAACCUGGCUUCAGGAGGCUGACUGAAGAGGAGAUCGACGAGAGGUUACAGGCGAUCGCCGAGAAGGACUGA